AUGGUCUCGUAUGCGUCGGCCAUGUUGGACGAGUUGAUGGGUCGAAACAGGAACUCGGACCCGAAUGAGAAACCGAAAGAUCUCAAUUGGGCGGACACCGAAGUUUGCAAGUAUCAUUUGUGUUCAUUCUGCCCCCACGAGUUAUUCACGAACACAAGAGCUGAUCUGGGUCUGUGCAACAAGAUACAUGAUGAUGAAUUGGCAAGAAACUAUAGAAAGAGUAGUAAAUUUAUGAAGAUGGGAUAUGAGGAGGAAUUUUUGUUUUACUUGGAAUCCCUGGUCAGCGAAGUGGACAGGCGCAUCAAAAGAGGACAUGCCAGGCUGGCCCUCAAUGCUGCACAUCAAGCUCAACAACUGCAAGGAAUCACAGAUGCCCAAGAUGAAAGGAUCAAACAGCUGACCAUCAAGAUUAACGAGGCCAUUGAAAAGGUUGAAAGUUUGGGAUGUGAAGGCAAGGUGGAGGAAGCCCAGCAGUUGAUGAAGCAGUGCGAUCAGAUGAAGGAGGAGAGGAGGCUCCUUGAAGAAUUCAAAACCAAUUACGCUAUCAAGCCACUGAAUUUGAACAACAGCCACAAGGAGAUGGAGGUCUGCCCGAUCUGUGGAGCAUUCCUUGUAGUGGGGGAUGCCAUUCAGAGAGUUGAGGAGCAUCUGCAGGGGAAGCAACACCUGGGUUAUGCCAGGGUCAGGGAAACUAUUGAAAAUUUGAGGGUUAGUAAGUUAUCCUGUUGA